GCGCGAAUUGAGGAGGCACGCAGGGAAGUGAGCAGUAGAGGAAAGAGACACAGGGAUAGUUCGAAACUAUCCAUAAACGGAGAGAAAUUGCUGCAUAACCGCUUUAUUCCGGGAUAUUUCUGCACCGCUGGUGUGAAGUAACUUCUAUUGAGUGGAAAGCUGCUGUAACUGGUCGCAUUGUGCCGUAUUGAAGGUUGUUUUCUCCACUCGCUUGUGUUCGAGCUUUACGGAACUGUAGCGUACUGUGAGGAGUUCCAGCAGAAGUUGGAGCUGCUGCCCGCGGGCUAGAGCUCUGUCCACAGCAGACAUGUCGCAGAAGGAAAGAGUCACGUUUUACGGACAGGAGGUGAACAAGACGGUGUGGGAGGUCCCGGUGCGCUACCAGAAGCUGUCUCCGGUCGGGUCUGGUGCAUACGGAUCAGUAUGCUCAGCGGAAGAUCAGAAGUCAGGGAUGAAGGUUGCUGUGAAGAAGCUCUCGAGACCAUUUCAGUCCAUCAUCCAUGCCAAAAGGACGUACAGAGAGCUGAGACUCCUCAAGCACAUGAAACAUGAGAAUGUAAUAGGCCUGCUGGAUGUUUUCUCACCUGCCACCAGUCUGGAGGAGUUCACUGACGUUUACCUUGUGACUCAUCUGAUGGGAGCAGAUCUUAAUAACAUAGUCAAAUGUCAGAAGCUGACCGAUGACCACGUGCAGUUCCUUAUUUACCAGAUCCUCCGAGGGCUUAAGUACAUUCAUUCAGCAGACAUCAUUCACAGAGACCUAAAGCCCAGUAAUUUGGCCGUAAAUGAAGAUUGUGAACUUAAGAUCCUCGAUUUUGGUCUGGCACGACACACAGAUGAUGAGAUGACUGGUUAUGUGGCCACCAGGUGGUACCGCGCUCCAGAGAUCAUGCUUAACUGGAUGCAUUACAACAUGACAGUGGAUAUUUGGUCCGUCGGUUGCAUUAUGGCUGAGUUGCUGACGGGCAGAACGCUGUUCCCUGGUACCGACCACAUUGACCAGCUGAAACUUAUAAUGCUGCUAGUUGGAACUCCAGGACCUGAUCUGCUGAUGAAAAUCUCAUCAGAAUCAGCUCGGAAUUACAUUCAUUCUCUACCACAGAUGCCCAAAAGGAAUUUUGCUGACGUGUUUAUUGGGGCCAAUCCACUGGCUGUAGACCUCCUAGAGAAGAUGCUGGUUUUGGAUACAGAUAAGCGAAUAACUGCAGCCCAGGCUUUGGCACAUCCAUACUUUGCCCAGUAUCAUGACCCAGAUGAUGAGCCAGAGGCUGAGCCCUAUGACCAGAGCUUUGAGAGUCGAGAGUUGGACAUUGAAGAAUGGAAAAGAUUGACCUACGAGGAGCUGAUCAGUUUUGAGCCUCAUGCUUUUGAUGGGGAUGAAAUGGAGUCCUGAGAGACGUAUAAGAGCAAAACUUCAGCACAGUCUUCAACUCUUUCAGUUAACACUGUAAUAUUUUACAGUCAUUUAACCACACACACCGACAGUAUGAUUUUUUUCAGUGCCUGCCACUUUACUUUCUAGUUAUGUUCUAGUCUUUUAAAAUGUUUUAUAUAUGUAAAAAUGUCAUCUACUGAAGUAGGAAGGAAAGAAGAACCUUUAAGGGGAAAAGGGACACAUUGCAGUUUUAAAGUAUCUGGAAUCUUAAAUAAAGUCCAGAAGCAUUUCUGUUUAACCACUGCCAUCUUUUCAACCACUUACUAUUCACAUUAAGACAUAAGCAUUAACGCUUUGGCUGGCAUACAGUAUGAUUAGCAAUGUUACUUAAGCUUUGAUAGAAUAGGAAUUUCAGAAUCAAUUAACACCCCCCCCCCCCGAAAUCCAAUAACUGCAAUGCUUCCAUUGCUGUUCAUAGUAUUAUUAUUAAUAAAGCGAAAACCAAUUAACCCACAUACAAGUUUUCAUUUGGAAUGUACUUGGGAUGUAAUUAUGACCUGCUUCAUGAUUAAGUUGCAGAGAUUUAAACUAGCUGGCUAGUAACUCCACACUUUAGGUUUAAAAUCAGUUGUUUCAUUAUAGAUCACAUUUAUAGUUAAAAAGAUUUACAAGUCAUUUUCACUUUCCUAAUAGAGUACUAUUUUAACUGUUGGUAUUCAGAUCUGUAAUGCAUAGCUACACUCUUGUGCUACUGCUUUGCUGAGUGUAAUGCAGUACCUUUGGAGUGGCCUACUGUUUGAAACCAUGCAAGACACUCGUGAGUCCAGUGGACAAUUCCUAUAUGCAAUAAUACGACCUAAUUUUUCCAAGCCUGUGCUGAAAAUAUAUGUAAUUUAAAAUGCAUUGUCGGAUUGCAGUUGUGAAGUCUGUCUUUUAAAUCUUCUGUAUGUUUUAUAAUGUGUUCAUUAUUUUCCCAGAGCUGUCACAGCAUGUGCGUUUAUAGGAGAGAUGCGGAUGAGAAAAUGUAAAACGAAUGUCAGUGCUUAACUGGUGUGAAAUAUUUAUAUUGGCAGUGGCGAUAUUAACUGGAGUGGCUGCUUCUUUCUGCUUUAUUUCCUAAAUCAGACUGUAGAGAAUAUAAUCAAACAUUGUUUAUUAAAGAAAAUAAAGGCAGAUAUUUUUCAGA